AUGGAACCAGUCACUUUCUUUCUCGAUUUGCUUGAUUUGCCUAAAGCAGAUGCACAGUCUAUUGAAGCCACUCUUCUAGCUUGUCUUUCUAAAUUUGGGUUCCGUAAUGACUUUCUUGCCGAGAACUGGAUUGGGGCUUGCAGUGAUGGUGCAAGUGUAAUGCUUGGAAGAAAGUCUGGUGUUCUGGAACGACUCAGUCAGAAAUAUCCAAAGAUUGUGAAAUGGCACUGCUUGUGUCAUAGGCUUGAAUUGUGCAUUUCAGAUACAAUUGAUUCUAUUCCUGGUCUUCAUCAUGUAACAUCAUUUUUUGAGAAGUUGUAUGCUGUGUAUCAUCAGUCACCAAAAAAUCUGGCAGAGCUCUCAGAAUGUGCAAAAGAAUUAGAAGUACAAAUUCUUAAAAUUGGAAAAGUUUUUUCAGUUAGAUGGGUUGCUUCAAGCCAGAGAGCUAUACGAGCAGUUUGGGAGUCAUAUCCUGCCCUACACAGUCAUUUCUUGAAAGCAAGCUUAAGCUCAGCUCAUAACAGUGAGCAGAAAUCUGUAUUUAGUGGCCUUAACAAGGUCUUGACGUCAGUAGAUUAUUUGUUAAACCUUGCAGGGGUUGCGGAUGCUGUUCAGGAACUGUUAUCUGAAGCUCUGCAAAGAGAUUACAUCACACUUCCACGAGCUUAUCAGCUGAUUAAUCGUUCAGUUCGUGCCGUUUCAAAAAUGAAAGACAUGCCUGGCAAACAUCUGAAAGAAGUCAAGGAAUCGCUGGAGAAAGGGAAUUUCAAAGGUGUGACCAGAGAGUACAAAAGGCCAAGUGAGGAUAAAUCUCCCUCAAUUUUAUCAAAGUUUGGUGGAUAA